AUGCCACCAAACAGCAAAACUCUCACCGCAUCAUGCCACUGUAAAGCCACCCACUUCACCUUAACCCUUCCCGCGAACGCCCUCCCCCUCAAAGUCCACAUCUGCCACUGUUCCGUCUGUCGCUAUACCCACGGCACACCAUGCAUCUUCCACGCCCCACUCCCAGCAGGCAUUGCACCGCAAUUCAUCGCCCCGUCCAGCAUGGACAAUCUGACAGCCUAUGCCCACGCUGAGUCUCAGAGCACACGGUAUUUCUGCAGUACCUGUGGCUGUCAGAUCGGGGACAAAGGACACGACGAUGGCAACUGGGUGGUCUCUACUUCUAUAUUCACCGAGCCGAACGACGGCCUGUGGGAGAUGCGAUCCAAUGUAUUUACGGACUCUUCGGCAGACGGAGGUCUUUCGGCGAUGGUUUCGUGUAUUGAUAAUCGCCAGCUUAAAAUCUGGAAUCCGGAGACAUCGUCUGAUACCAAGGCUGCUGAAAGGGACGAAACAAAUGCAAGUGAAGGCUUGUCUGAAGAGUUACGCGCUGAAUGUCACUGCGGUGGAGUUCAAUUCUCUAUUUCCCGUCCUAGCAAAGAAUUCCUCGCUAGUCCUGCGAGCAAAGGGUGGGUUCUCGAGCAGGAUACAAGCAAGUGGCUUGCAUGUCUUGAUCUAUGUGGUGACUGCCGUUUGGUGAAUGGGUCAAAUGUUGUAGGUUGGUUGUUCGUUUCGAAAGAUCAUAUAUCACCUCUGCCACCGGCGGAUUUGAUUGUCGGGUCUUCGAAGGGUUACAAAUCUAGUGAGGGUGUGUUGCGGACAUUCUGUGGGACGUGUGGUGCUACGGUGUUUUAUAGCUGUGAUGAGCGGCCGGAUAUUGUUGAUGUGGCGGUUGGGAUUCUGCGUGGCUCCAAGGGGAUCAUGGUUGAGGAUUGGGCUUUGUGGAGGGCUGGGAGGAUUGCUGGGGCGAAUGAUGGGUUGGAGUAUGAUCCUGGAUUUACUAGAGCAUUGAUUGAGGGGAUGAAGGUAUGGGGGGAGGGAGAAGGGGAUGCCUGA